AUGGACUUCGAAAAACCCCAAAGUUCCAUGCACGACCCAAGACGGUGUCAUACUGACCUUCUGAAUUUUCUCCAAUAUACAGUCACUUCUUCGAAGCGUCUAGCACUUGGAAAGUGUCUAAAGAAACGACUUGCGAUGGACUGCAAAAAGCAGCAUCACGAUGUUUUUAGCUCUUGGCCUGGCACUAAAGAGGAAACCUUCCAUGACUUGAAAUAUUUGAGUGUCCUCACUCUUGGCUGGUGCUACAUCCUUUCUGCACAUCUUGUUGAACUACGGGGUGAAGGUGCUUUUAUGCGAUAUACCUCGGCCAAGGCUGCCAGUGAAAGUGGUGAUCACUCAAUGCAGUAUUUUCCAGACAAAAGCACCAUUACCAUAGACAUUGGAAAGGUUGAUGAUGAUGGUGCUCGGUGGUGGGCCGCAAUACUUGCUCCUGGAGAAGGCUGGGAGGCUUUUGUGGCCCGUCAACGUCGGGAUAUCAUCGCGCCAUGGUCUAUCAGGCGGCGAUGCCAAACAUCCAAGUCCGAGUCAUUCUCCAUAAAAUGCGAAUCAUAUGGAUUGAGACGCGCUUUUGAAGCACUUGCUCAAUUCGCUCAUUUAUAUAAGUUGGGCAGUCAAUUUCCUAUUGCACUCGCAACAGCUUUGACUAUUACAAUGCAUGGACAUUACAGUUCGACCGCUCGCCUUCCAAUCACAAAGACAGUAUCUGGAACUAAGCCAGCUUCUUCUGUUGAACCUAUGCCACCGUUCUGGUCAAGAAUAUUCGAUGAGCUGCCAUAUUAUUUAAAUUUGAGCUGCAACCCAGACUUGAUGAUGUCGACUUUCUGUGGCUCAUUGUGGGAGCCUGGGGUUCCCUGCAAUCUGGUUACUCCAUGGCUACAUCCAGUCCUUGAUGAAGUUCUUGGGGGUUCUCCAAUCGAAUCAGGGCGAGGUCAAGAAAUUCUGGGUUUGAUGUGCGCAAUCCGCAGACCGAGUGUCAGUGCACUGUGGAUUGGAGCGGUCAUUAGUGGACUGGGUCCAAAGAUUCUUCGUGGGCUCAGAGGUGGAUCGCCUCCUUGGAUCCAAAUGGAUUCGCCUGGACUGGUACUCCUCAGAGCUUCAUGGAUAUCCCUGGCUCAGGUCCAUGUACGUGUAAAAACUCUGAAUAUAUGCAAAGACAAGAUGUGUGGCGCUUGCUUCACUUACCUACCGAUGAAAUGGAUGAUCUGGCUUUCAGACGUCGACCAUUUACACCUUGGGCACCCUGUGGAACAUCCCUAG